CAAGUUAGUCGAUGGACAUGGUUACCGCCCCCCUCCUUCUGCUCCUGCUCCUCGCGCCUCUCGCCGCUGCGCAAUGGCAAUACUGCGGCAACAACGGCAACUACACACCAAAUAGCACCUACCAAGCUAACCUCAGGCUCCUCUCUUCCACCCUUCCCAACAAGGCCGCGUCCAACACCACCCUCUUCGCCACCGCCACAGUGGGUGAUAUUCCGGACAUGGUCCACGCUCUCACGCUCUGCCGCGGCGACACCAGUGCCUUCGCCUGCGAGGACUGCGUGGCUACCGCCUUCCAGGACGCUCAGCAGCUCUGCCCGUACAGUAAGGACGCCUCCGUGUACUACGAUAUCUGCAUGCUCAGGUUCUCCAACCAAAAUUUUCUUGCCACCACCGUCAAUGGCAAUACUACACUCAUCCUCGAGAACUACCAGAAUCUCACGACAAGCGUUGACUAUUUCAAGCUCUUCUUGUUCACGCUUCUGAACGGCACGGCACAAUCCGCCACUAAGAGCUCGAGGAGGUUCAUCACCUCGCAAUUAGACAUCAGCUCCUUCCCAACGUUGUACUGUCUUAUGCAGUGCACGCCCGACCUCACCAUCGAAGACUGUGGGGCCUGUUUCUGGGAGGCCUUGCAGUAUACGCUCAAUUACAUCGACCGUAAGCGAGGUGGUCGAAUUCUUGGGACACGGUGCACCGUAAGGUACGAAAUAUAUCCGUUCUUCCAAGAUCCUAUACUGCAUAUUACCAACUUGGCCCCUGAUGUUCCGGCAAUCGACAACACUACUACCACGCCACGUGUAGAGCCAGAUACAAAGCUCCCACGAUCGCAGCCACCAGCUGCUGCUAUGCCAUCCCCAGAUGUGCAAACGACCAUCAAAGAACAGCACGGACGCAACGGAAGCAAGAGGCCGCUGUGGAUUAUUGCGGUGGUGGCUCCAUUGCUCUCAAUACUUAUGUGCUUUAUCUGCUUCGUUGUAUGGAUGAGAAGACGAAGAAAAGGAAAGGUAAACUUAAAUGACCAAGCUGCCACGAAUAGGCCAGAAGAAGAUGCACUGGUUUGGAGAUUGGAGGAGAAGAGUUCAGAGUUCACUCUCUUUGACUUUUCUGAGAUAUUGAAUGCUACGCACAACUUCUCCAAAGGGAAUCUACUUGGGCAAGGUGGCUUUGGCCCUGUCUACAAGGGAAGACUACCAGAUGAAAUGGAAAUUGCAGUUAAAAGGCUUGCUUCACAUUCAGGACAGGGUUUCACAGAAUUCAAGAAUGAAGUUGAACUUAUCGCAAAACUACAACAUAACAAUCUGGUCAAACUCUUGGGAUGCUGCAUUCAGGGAGAGGAAAAAGUUUUGGUGUAUGAGUAUUUACCAAAUAAGAGCUUGGACUUCUUUAUAUUUGAUGAAAACAAAACAACGUUGGUUGAUUGGGAAAAGAGGCGCGUGAUAAUCGAAGGGAUAGCCCAAGGUCUUCUCUAUCUACACAAGCACUCUCGUUUGCGCAUCAUUCACAGAGACCUUAAGGCCAGCAACAUUCUCUUGGAUCAGGAAAUGAAUCCUAAAAUUUCUGAUUUUGGUCUAGCUAAAAUUUUCAGCUCAAAUGAUACUCAGGGAAGCACAAAGAGGGUAGUGGGUACAUAUGGUUAUAUGUCUCCGGAGUAUGCAUCUGAAGGCAUUUACUCAAUCAAAUCUGACGUGUUCAGUUUUGGUGUGUUACUUCUUGAGAUCCUUAGUGGGAAAAGGAAUUCUGGCUUCCAUCAGUACGGAGACUUUCUUAACCUUCUUGGAUAUUCAUGGCAACUCUGGGAAGGAGGAAAGUGGCUUGAGCUUCUAGAAGUGUCAAUUGUUAAGGAGAUCCAUACAACAGAGGCUAGGAGGUACAUUAACAUUGCAUUGAUGUGCGUUCAAGAGAGCGCAGAUGAUCGGCCCACCAUGUCAGAUGUUGUUGCAAUGUUAAAUAGUGAGAAUGUUAUUCUCCCAGAGCCUAAUCAUCCAGCAUACUUCAACUUAAGGGUAUCUAAGGUACAUGAAUCAGCUAGUGUUGUUGUCCCAUGUAGUAAUAAUGAUGUAACCAUCACUGAAGAGCCAGAUGGCAGAUAGCUGAUUACUUUGCUUCAGUUGUUAUUAUCUGAGUUGUUUCUACAUUAUUCACACCAAACUCGAGAUGUUAUGAAGUUUAUCAUACUAUUCUCCAGAUA